AUGUCAACUCUCUCAAGCGGCAAGUCAGGGAGCUCCCAUUCCUUUGCGGUGUCGCUUUCACCAAGGGCAGAAGACGCAUUUUCCAGUUACGGCUACACUCACAGGCGAAUGAGUACAAUAGCAGAGCCAGGUCAAAAUGCGAUAUAUAUACUCCUUAAACCGCCGAUAUCACGCACUGGGACCCUUCCUCCCACCGCAGCCCCUUCAACUUCGCAGAAACCGCCGACGUCCAGGGACAUACCUCCCGUUGCUCUCACCACUAUACCCCACGUCGAGCCCUUGGCUUUUAAAAACUACCUCAGCCAGAUCGGGCCCCUGUUUGACACUCUCCAGCGUAUGAAGCUUGAGUACGAAAACCGCGGCACACAGUUGUUUCGUCAAGGCACAUCCACUGACAAACAUGAAGAGUUUGCACCACGAGAAAAGGUAAAGGCAGGUGUUUCGAAACGCGGUCAACUUGCACCUACUCCACUGUCUACAGUUCCCUCCAUCUAUCUCGAUGAAAAGUUUCGCCUCGAGAAUCCGCGCACAUUUGAUGCUGUCAGUGAGCAUGCGGAGGUGGUACGGCAGCCACUAUCCACUAUUGGAAACCGUAAUAAGGACACAGAUGGCUUUUCUGCAAAUGGCGAUCUUCAGCCUGCUAGAAAGGCGCUUACUACCAAUGCCAUAUUGCAAGAAAAAUUAUCGUGGUACAUGGACACCAUAGAGAUUUAUUUAAUAUGUUCGAUUUCGAAAGCGUCAACCUCUUUUAUUGCCGCGCUCGGCUCCCUUCGUGAACUUCAGGCCGAGGUAUCCCACUCCGUCACGAAGAUCCAGAAAUUGAGGGAGGACCUCGUACAUCUGGACAAUGCAAUGAUAGAGCACGGUUUCGAGAUCAUCAGAAUGAAGAGAAGACAGGACAAUCUAAGGAAACUUGGAGAGGCCAUCAUGCAACUUCAAUGUGUUCUCCGCGGCGUCAGCCAUUGUGAGGAGCUCGUAGACUCUGGAAAACUGGAGACGGCUAUACAACAUAUCUCAUACGUCGCACAGCUUGUAUCCGGAACACUGGAUCCGAAAAUCGGCAGUGAGUUGUGCUGGUUUCUGCCGAAUUCAUUUACCAGGCUUAUCGAUCUACGCCAACUGCACGUCCUUGAAGACCCAUUGCAAAACAUCGGCCAACUUCGCCUGCGGAUAUGGAAGGGAUAUGAAGCACGAUUGCUGCAUGUCCUUUUGUGCAAUCUCCGCCAACAUGUAUCCAGUAUUCCGCCAAGAGAUACCCUGUCGCGCUGGACUGAUAUCUCAAAACGCACACAUAGUUCCCUAUCGACACCUGCACCCAUGACGACUGCAGAAAAAUUGCGUGAGGAACUCGUCCCUGUUUUGCAGGGACUUGGCCAGUCGCAGUAUCUUGCUGCGGCAAGUACCACAUUUCGCGAAGCCGUUAUUCGAGAGAUGAAGUCUCUGAUUCGCCGGCACCUUCCUAGUUCUACGGGUGGCGGUAGUGGAUCUAUGGUGUCUGCCCCUACGCUGACAAGCGGUCGACGUCCGAGCCAGCAGGAAAGGUCGAGCAUUCUGUCUCGCAACUUGCGUGCUCUCAGCCCUGAGGAUGCCCAUGUCUUCUUCGUCAAGGUCUACUGCGGAGUAGGUGAGGCAUUACGGAGGCUUAGUGUACAGAUCAAAGUUCUCCUCGAUAUCACAAGCGGUAUAAAGAAGAGUCCAAGCAAUGUACUCACGUCUAGCCUUUCGGAGAGAUGUAAUCUACAGGAAGACAUGACGCAAACCCUUGAUAUGUCGAGCCUCCUGGUACAAGCAGUGGACAAGGUCGAGUCAGAAAUGACAAAAGUUCUGCGUGUCAGAACCGAGCAAACGGUUCGCCUUGGACCAACUGAAUUCCUACGCUACUUUACACUGAAUCGCCUGUUUAUCAAUGAAUGCGAGGCAAUCUCUGGGCACUCUGGAACGGCUCUCAGGGGUGUCGUGAACAAGCAAAUUCACGACUUUAUCCCACUUCUCCACGAAGUAGAAAAGCAGAAACUAGCGCAGAAGAUGGAGACUGAGAGGUGGGAGCCGGUCAAUUUCAAACCCCAGGACGCAUUGAUUCUGGAACGCGUGGUCCAAUCCAUGACCAUUGAUUCCUCGGUGUGGCUUAGUUACACAGAUGUCACUACGGCGGCCCUAGAAACAGGUGAACGGAAUUUACAAACUAACUAUGAGGAGUCUUCGAAUACUGCUAAACAAAAUAAGAAGGACCCGGCACUGGCAGUCAUUGAUGAGGAGAAGUUUAUGCUUGUCGAUUCGGCGGCAUUCGCACUUCGCGGCAUAGAGCAAUAUUUAAUCCUCCUGGCAUCGAUCCCCAGUAUGGCCAAUGAAAUCUCGAUGGCCCUACUCGACUAUCUCACACUCUACAACUCUCGCACACAAGAGCUCAUCCUCGGUGCUGGCGCUAGAACCACCGCUGGACUAACUAACAUCAAUACCAAGCACCUUUCUCUUACCUCACAAUCACUUUCGUUCUUCAUUACUCUGAUACCAUACUUACGCGAGUCUAUCCGCCGUCGACCAUCAAUUGCAACAUCUGGCUUAGCAGAGUACGACCAGCUAAAGCGCUUAUUUCAAGACCAUCGGUCCUCUAUCCACCACAAGCUCAUCAACAUAAUGAGUUUUCGCGCAACCCUGUACAUCAGGGAGAUGGAGAAGAUCAAAUGGGAUGACGAAGACGAGAUACAGCGGAGCGUCAGCCCACAUAUGGAGACGCUCACGAAGGAAGCGCUCACGCUACAACGAGUGCUGAGCAAGUAUCUUCCGGGGUCUAGUAUGAGUAUGAUCAUUGGACAGGUAUUUGAGAGCUACAGGGAACAAUGGAGUAAGGCAUUUGAAGAUGCGGUGAUACGGACUGAGAAUGGGAAAUCAAGGCUUCUGCGAGAUGCAGAGCUGCUUCAAGCAAAGCUCGAUAAGAUUGAUGGUGCCGAAGAGCUCGGCACCCGCAUGAUCGAUAUUGUCAGAGCAAAGCAAAUCUCAUCCCAGCCAGUGUCCAGGAAUACACCAUCCAGCGGGGACAUGCCUGAAGAAAGUAAUUCUCCAUCUAUUGUAACUUAG